AGACUGUGUUCAUUGGAUACUCUUCAAUCACAUGGUGGAGAAAAAUCGGGAAUAUUUUCAGUUUCAUUUUACUUGUAACAUCAUUUUAAAAAGGAAAGAUGUCUGCGAAGCAGCGCCAUAAACAGAGAGUAGUGAAGAGGCUGAAUGAGAAGCUUGAACUCCUGUCCUCGAUGGAGGAGAACCUACACACUGUAGUCAGAGACCAUGUACAAAAGGCAGAGAAAAGAUGUGCUGAAGUGUUGAAAUUGGAGGAUACAGGUCUAUUCUUAAACCAGUAUGGUAAGGUGGAGCAGUUGUUAGAUGCUGCCUUUAACCUGGUGGAGCUACUCACAUCCUCUGCUGAGGACAUGAUUGACAGUGCAGAUCAAGGGGAUGUUGUAGAAGAAGACCAGCUAGAAUGCACUAGAACUUCUCAAGAGAAAAAUCCUAAAGCUCUAACAAGGCAGUUCUCAGAUACAGACAUUAAGAAAGAACUUGAAGAAAUGAUACAAGGCUCAAUUAGAAAAAGGCAUGGUAGUUCUGAGGCUGCUAGCCAGACUGUUCCAGAGGAGGAUUUUGUAUUUGAUGAACAGACUGUUUCCAAACAGGACAAAGUUUUUUGCAUGGCACAGUCUAAACAUGAUACUUCAGCCCAACAGAAUACCAACAGGGACACAGUCUGUCCUAAAGAACAGACUGUCAAAAAUUUGAAACAAAGCAGUGAUGGCAGCAGCCAUGAUUCAAAAAAAGAUUUUUAUGAAACUUGGGUGCAUAAAGAUACAGAACAAGAUAUUACAAAUCAAAAUAAAGACAUUAUAGAAAACAGUAGUAAGUCUAGAGUUAAAAGUAGUCCGAAAGAUCAAGGAAGAGUCAAGAAAGAGAAAAUAGUUCCAAUGAAUGUAAGGAGACAUUUGAAUAAAGACUCUGUUCUAGACACAGAUGGAAGUAGUUCUAGUCAGGUGGAUUCAGUGACUUUCAGUCAAGAUGUGAUCCUAGCAAGUAGUCCAAAGAACGGUGCAAAGAAAAAGAAAACGUCACCAAAGAAAAAAGGCGGGAAAAUGAAUUUGAGCACUUCUGGUGGAAAUGAAUGUAAAGAAAGUGAAAGAACUAAUGCCACAAAACAUAAGGUGUCAGUAGAAAAAGAAAACAUCAGAACUGUAGGUAAAGAUGCCAUUCAUGUAAAGCAGCAAGACAUCGAAAAACAUUCCAAUCAAAAAGUGUCGGACAAUAAUGUUACGAAGAGUGAACCAAGUGAGAUUUCUAGUGAACGCACUAUGGCAUCGUCAGAGAAAAGUUUACUAGAGCAUGAACUAGAUGAACUUAGGGCCACUGAGAGUAGUGAAAUAUCAACAACCUCAGAUGUUAAAAGUUCAGUAGAAAAGCAAGAAGUUCUUACACAUCAUCAAGAUAAUGAAGAUAGUCCUUUGAGUAAACUUCAUCCUGGUCAAAAAUCUGUGGUGCAAAAUCAAGACAGUAGUAGUGUGAAAUGGGAACAAAUUCCUGAAAAUUUUGACUCUGCAAAUGUUGACAUAACUUCAAGGGAGAUAAACGAUGCUUCUGUACUACAGGAGAGUAAUGCAAACAAUAGUGUACUGAGGUCUGCCAAUCUUUUGGCCGGAAAGAUAACUCCUGUUAUUGUGAGUGAAGUUGUCUCCCCUUGGUGCUUCUUUGUACAAAAGAAUGAUCCCGAGUUGAAUAAACUUAUGGAACAGAUAUGCAUUUAUAUGGCACAUGGUGGUCUUGCAGAACCUCCGCUACUGGAACCAGAGAUUGGAACAUUAUGUCUGGCAAAAUACAGCAAGGAUGGCGCUUACUACAGAGCAUAUGUAAUGCAGAUACAUUCGGCUUCAAAGAAUUCCGAUUCCGAAGUAAGUGUGCUGUAUGUAGAUUAUGGUAACAAGGAGAAGGUCAAGGUAACACAGUUACGGACACUACCAGAUGAGUUCAAGACCUUACCAAUGCAAGCAAUAUGCUGUGCUUUAGCGGAGGUGAUGCCAUGCAACAAGUACUGUAUGUGGGCAGAGGAAGAUAUUCAUUUCUUUAGACAGUAUGUAACUGGACAACAAUUAGGCUGUACCCCACCCACCUGCAGAAGCACUGGGGUGGCCCUUCCAUUGUUGGUUGAGUUGAUCAUUAGUUUACCAGUGCCUAUAAUUCCUCAAGGUGGAAUAUACCUCAGUCAGUUUAGUAUAGCUCAGCUAAUGGUCUCCGCAAAAAAAGCUAGACAAAUCAAUGUAUCAGAACAGCUUGGGUUGUUGGCAAAGUCGGAAGAAGGUGCUGAAGAGGUUGCCAUCUUGUCUCAAAACACGGUUUCCUCAACGCUGCUAGCUAUUACAGAAUUGAGUGAGAGUCAAUGCGAACCGCCAAAAAAUGCAGAAGCAGACGUACGUAAUAACGAGUUUAAAUCAAAGGCAAAUAGAAGACUUGAACAGGAAAGCUUAAAAGUAGAACAGUUAGAUUUAAAGAAAGAUUCAGAUUUGUCGUCUGCUGAAGUGACGUCUGCUGGAAGGAAUUCUUCUCAAAUUACAUCAGAUACGAGGAAACCAAGGGAGCAUAUUUCUCCAAGGUCGGAAAACUCGGACACAGAGUCACAGCGAGAUGAAGGCCAGAGAGCAACUGGUAAACUGCAUGAAAAGAGCCAAAAAGGUGUACAGGGAACAAACAGCAAGGCCUAUCUUGACAGGAUCAAAGAGGAGACAGUUGACUUAGAAUCUUGUGAAACUGUUUCAACUACAACCAGCCUUACAACAGACUUUGAUUUCCCUCCUGAGAAGGGCAUCCAUCUGUCUGACCUUCACUUCGACCUUGAUGACCUUUAUUUCAAUCCUCAAGGUCAAGAGGUCAUGCUUGCUCAUGUGAAGUCACCUGGAGAGUUUUAUGUGCACGUAAUCUCACAGCAGAGUGGCGAGACUCUAGAUAGAUUGAUGAAAAAUUUGAACGGUUUGUUUGAGAAUGCAAAUAGAAGAAAAUUGACGAAGUUGAGUAAAACGUUCCAGCCAGAGGAGAAGAAACUUUGCUGUGCUCAAUUUCUACAAGACAAUAACUUUUAUAGGGGUAUUAUUCAAAGUACUAAACCAGAGAAUGAAAUCAUGAAGGGGCGUGUCCUGGUCCACUAUAUUGAUUUUGGGGAUGAAGAAUGGCUGCCAAGAAGGAGAAUCUUUCCACUACCAUCUCAGUUCUGUAGUGUUCCUAGACUGGCUAUCAAAUGUAGCCUGGCUUACGUGAAACCAGUCUGUGACGAUGAGGGGGAAAUGGUAAACAAAUGGUCGAAGAAGAGUGUUGAAAAGUUCAUAGAUAUAGCCGGGCUCGAGAAAACAUUACACAUGCAUGUAGUGCAUGGAAGCAUUGAAGAUUUCAAAAAAAGUAACCCUUGUGAAGACUCGCCCAUUCUUGGUAUUCUUCUGGUAGACAACACUGGCACAGAGGAGGUGUGUGUUAAUAUGGAUCUCAUUAGAGAGGGCGUGGCUCAGCUAGAUACUGCCCAAUCGAAACAUGGGAAGGGAAGCACAAAGGAAAAAUCACCAGACACAAGGUUGGAGAAGUGGAACCCAAUGGAAGAGGAUUUUUUCUCCAAACGAAACAGUUAUAAUAUAGACAUAGAUGAUGCUGGUGUUGCGACUACAGGAUAUAAGGCAAAAGAUGAAGAAAGGAUUUGCAAGUUUUUCAGUUCUGGUAGAGAUUGUUGGAGAGGUGAACAAUGUCCAUACAGACAUAUCCUUGUAGAAUCAGGAAGGACUUACGACCAGGAACCAGUUUAUGCUGUUGGUGACAAUCAACAGGAAUUUCUACCUCAGAUGGGAAAUUGGGUUGCUAUGGAGAUAGCCACUAUCCUGUCACCUUGCCAUUUCUAUGCUAUACUGCCGCUGGGAAAUAAAUCACUUGAUACUACAAGCAGCGAGUCGGAAAAGAAAGAAACAGGUGCGUUUGGAGUAUCGGGAAAUGAAGAAACUUUAGAUGACCUUCUAGAAGCCCUAAAUACAGAAUACAGUAAAAGGCCUGCACAUGCUGGAAAUCUCCUACUUAGAGCCAUUGGUGAAGUAGUAGUGGCUAGAUUCUCCGAGGACCAUAAUUGGUAUAGGGCAAGAAUUAUAGAAGUGACAGAAGAAAAGGUCAAGGUAACAAUCGUUUGUAUGACUUUAGUUGAUUGUACCUUAUUUACUAAAUUGCUUUGA